AUUUUACGGGUCGUCCUGCACAUUUCUUCAAUCACGACUCUUUCCAAAUCAAUUGUUGGAAUUUCAGUUAUGCAUAUUAACGAACAUACGAAGAUUAUUGGCCAAAGAGUAAUUCUGGUACCUUAUUGUAAAUGUCACGUGGCUAAGUACCACACGUGGAUGGAGGAUGAAGAAUUACGGAGGUUGACAGCGUCGGAACGUUUAUCGCUUGAGGAGGAAUACGAAAUGCAAGCAAGAUGGCAUGAAGAUGAGGACAAGUGCACUUUUAUCGUCCUAGCUCGUGAUCUGAUUGAUAGUGGUGCUGAUGAGAUCGCUGGUAUGGUAGGUGACGUCAAUAUCUUCAUAAACGGUAGCACUGGAGAACUUACAACUAUGAUUGCUGAAUCUAAAUGGCGUCGUAAAGGUUUAGGUGAAGAGGCAGUACGAAUGAUGCUAAGGUUUGCGUUUCAAGUGAUCGGGUUACGGGCUUUUGAAGUGAAGAUUUCAAAUGAUAAUGUUAGCAGUUUAAAGCUUUUCCAAAAGAUCGGUUUCGUUGUAAAUUCACAGUGCAGUAAAUUUCGUGAGUAUACGUUAUCAAUUGGAAUGGAACAUAUCCUUAAAGCUAUUGCUCAUUUGGAAGUAACAGUGGACAAAUAUCAUUUGAAUGAUGAUAACAACUGAUAGCCAAGCAUGCAGUAUUCCUUUUUUUCAACAUUGUGUGGCGAUAAAAGUAAUAUGGUAUCAGUCAAGAUUCAGAUCAAAUGAUGAUUUGGACCAAAUAAAAAGUAGCUGUCAUACUGUUGUACGCACU